UCUCUUUCAUUGCCGCGCCGCUCUCCGCCCGAGCACCAUCAACUUUCCUUCUUCUUCUUUGUGCAAUUCUCGCGGGAUAUUGAUACACGAUAAAUGGCCCAAGCGCUUGUGGCCGAGCAGAUGCUCUCCGAAAUGGGGCCAUUUCUCCACAGCAAAGACGCGGCGCCUCUGUCCGUCCAAGUGAUCAGCACCUCAAACAACCACAAAGAUGAGCCCUCAAAAUCUCACGGACUCUGCGGCGUGUCCUCCUUCGCCUUCAGACAGGCUUUGGCCGCCUCUGGACCCGUGGUGGCCACCAUCGGCUCCGGAAUGACCUCAGGCUUCUCGGCCGUGCUGCUGCCCCAACUGCGCGCCAGCGACUCCGACCUGCCCAUCUCCGAGGAUGACACUUCCUGGAUUGCGAGUAUGGCCGCCCUCCCGAUGGCCCUGGGCUGUCUGGCCGGCGGCUUCAGCAUGGAGAGGCUCGGCCGAAAACGGACCAACCAACUCCUGUGCGUGCCCUUCAUCGCAGGGUGGCUUCUGCUGGCCGUCGCGCAAAACGUCACCGCCCUGCUCGUCGCCAGAUUCCUCACUGGACUAGCUGUGGGAAUCCUGGGGCCGGUUGGGCUCAUCUACAUCGGCGAAACGUCGGCGCCGCAGUACAGGGGGGUGCUUCUGGCCGCGAUUUCACUUGCGGUCUCCACAGGCAUUCUGCUCUCUCACCUCUUCGGCGCUCUCCUCCACUGGCGACUCGCCGCCGCUCUCUGCGCCCUUGCACCCCUCAUUGCCCUGAUUCUAGUUUUGGUGUCGCCCGAGUCUCCGGCGUGGCUGGUGGCGCAGGGUCGACCUUCGGACGCCCAGGACGCGUUCCGGUGGCUGCGCGGCUCCGACCCUGAGGCGUCCGCCGAGCUGCAGAGCCUGCUGCACAAGCGCCCUGACGCGGCUGCUGCAGCGGCCGCCGACGAAGGUUGGCGCUCCCGCCUCGCGCGUCCCUCCUUCGUCAAGCCGUUCCUGCUGAUGAACGUCUUCUUCGUCAUCCAGCAGUUCAGCGGCGUCAACGCGGUCGCCUUCUACACCGUCGCCAUCUUCCAGCAGACCCUGGGCGACGGCGUGGACGAGUACCUGGCGAUGGCCGUGCUGGACGUGGCGCGGCUCGUCAUGUCGCUGGUCACGUGCGUGCUGCUGCGGCGCCUGGGGCGCCGCCCUCUGGCGCUGACCUCGGCCGCCGGCACCGGCCUCUGCCUCCUCCUGCUGGCCGCCUUCCUGCGCUUCAGGGACGCCACCUGGGCGGCCUUCGAGUGGACGCCCGUGGCCCUCCUCGUCGGCUACAUGGGCUUCGUGUCGGUCGGGCUGGUGCCCCUGCCCUGGGUCAUGACCGGCGAGGUCUUCCCGGCCGCCGUCAGGGGCGUCGGCAGCGGCGCCACCUCCUGCCUCGGCUUCCUCGUCUUCUUCGUCGUCGUCAAAUCAGGCCCGGCCAUGUUCGCCUCCAUGGGCAGCGACGGCACCUUCCUGCUCUACGGCCUGGUCGCCACCUUCGGAGGCGUCUUCCUCUACUUCUUCUGCCCUGAGACCAAGAACCGCACUCUGCAGGAAAUCGAGGACGCCUUCGAAAACAAAACUGCCGCCACAUCCACCAAAGUGUGAAAUUUUUUGUACAAAUUUCUAUUUCAAAUAUUUUCCAAUUUCAAUUCAUCAAAAUUGGGAAUUUCAAAAAAAAAUAGCCAUUGAAUGACAUUUUAUGAUUUGUAAUUUAUGUUCAAAAUUAAUUUUACAAUCAUUUGACGCUACUCAAUACCGUGACAGUUUUCAUUUGAACCUUAAAUAUUGAUUUUAGUGUUAAUAUUUAUUUGCUCUGCAAAAAUACUCUUUAUAAUUUAAGUUGAGAGUUGUGAUUUUCAUAACAAUUUUAUAUUUGCAUUGAUCAUUUUAUUAUUUUUGCGACUCAUAUUUAUUCACGCAUAUUCCGCUUUUUAUACAAUUGUGUUUGUAGUUCAUAACUGUAAGAUUCAUUCAUCUCUUCAUGUGCAAUAAAACAAAGCCAGAAAGUGUGUCUGUCUGUAUAGAGAGUG